AUGGCCGCGGCUCUGGCGCUGUCUCUGGCGGCGGUGGUGGCCGCCGCGGCGGCCAUCGUGGCGCCGGCGCCGCUGCAGCCAGCCGUGGUCCGUCACGGCAACCUCUCGGCCGGCGCGCCCGCUGAUGUGGACGUUUCCGCACACGCGAGCAGCACGCCGCCGCUGGACCAGCCGGUGGUGGCCAACUCGACGCGCCCUCCUCAGGCGCCGCCGCCGGUGGUGACCAGCUCCUGGGGGCCCAAACGCGACCCCCUCUACAUCGUCGUGCCCAUCACCAUCAUCUACGCCGUCAUCUUCCUCACCGGCAUCAUCGGCAACAUCAGUACCUGUAUCGUCAUCUCACGCAACAAGCACAUGCACACCGCCACUAACUACUACCUCUUCAGCCUGGCCGUGUCCGACCUGCUGUUGCUGGUGUCCGGCCUGCCGCCCGAGACGUACCACAUGUGGUCGCGCUACCCCUACGUGUUCGGCGAGACGUUCUGCGUGAUCCAGGGCUUCGCGGCCGAGACGUCGUCCAACGCGACCGUGCUGACCAUCACGGCGUUCACGGUGGAGCGCUACGUGGCCAUCUGCCACCCGUUCCAGUCGCACGCCGUCUCCAAGCCGUCGCGCGCCGUCAAGUACAUCCUGCUCAUCUGGCUGCUCGCGCUCUGCCUUGCCGUGCCGCAGGCCAUGGCCUUCGGACUCGUCCUAUACGAGCCGAAGAACGGGCGGUCGCCCAACCCGGAGCUGACGACGUGCACGGUGAAGCGCGUGGUGAUCCCGUACGCCUUCCAGAUCUCGACGUGCGUCUUCUUCGUGGCGCCGAUGACGCUCAUCAGCGUGCUGUACGUGCUGAUCGGGUUGCAGCUGCGCCGCUCCAGCGUGCUGUCCAGGAGGGACGCCUCAGGCAGCGUCCGCCUCAAGACGCACCAUCAACACCACCACCAGCAGCAGCAGCAGCACCAGCAGGACGGCCGCAAGAACUACCCCAAGAACACGCACUCCAAGGCCACCAGGCACGUCGUCAAGAUGCUCGUGGCGGUGGUGGUGGCUUUCUUCAUCUGCUGGGCGCCGUUCCACGCGCAGCGGCUGCUCGCCAUCUACGGGGAGUCCCCGACGCGCAGUCCGCUCACCGUGGUGCUGUACAACACGCUGACGUACGUGUCGGGCGUGCUGUACUACCUCAGCACCACCGUCAACCCGCUGCUCUACCACAUCAUGUCGCACAAGUUCCGCGAGGCCUUCAAGGACACACUGGCACGAUACCUGGGUCGCCGGCGGAACCGGGAAGAGCCGCUGCACUCGUCUGUGCGCCGCAUCCUGUCCGGGGAGAAGGAGAAGGAGGCGCACGUGCAGGUGGUGAGGGCAACCACCGUCUGACCGCCCCAACCCUGCCUUCCUGCUGCGCUCCGCGCCCUCGGCGGGUCCAAGCCGACGACUCCUCCAGCAGUUGGUUGCCAUCGGCAGAAGCGACGGCUCGGGUCUACAUUUGAAGGCAAGAUCACAUCACGAAUCUUUGGUGUUCCUCCCAAACGAAAGAGAAAAAACUCUUUUCAAUGGAAGUUAACGCUUCGUCCAAUCGUUGAAAAAUAUUUCAGUGCUGCGCGAUUAUGUGUAAAUGUGUCAAUGACGCUUUUUUUACUUUUU